AUGUUACCUCUGAUUCUACUUCCUUCCUACUCAUGUCUAUCUCAACGUGCUGGACAAUUCAAUGGAAACAAGACAAAUCUUAAAGAGAUCAGGAAAAACAGAGGAAAUCCCAAUCCCAAAAAGGACAGCAGCAAAGUGAAUCGGCAACCUACAGGUUCUCAGAUGGGUGCUCCGCCUGAUGAUUUCAAUGCAGCUAUCUCUCGACUCGAGAAACAAGAAAGAGAUCCAGAAGCUCCACGCGUCCUACGAGACCACCUUAGACAGGACGCGCAACGUGAUAAUUUACGCUCUAGAGCCAGUUAUCAGCAACACCGCUCAACGGAUCGCCGCAGAGAAAACACUCAUUCUGAGUGUGCUGCGCAACGCCGGUUGUCACCCAAAAAUGACUUGGAAACGAGCACACAGGCUGGGAAAAUUGGUCUCACCAAAACAGGAUGGCCUCCCUAUCAGUCGACCUCUGCUCGUGGAACUCCACAGUUGCAAAAGAACGAGACUUUCUCCUAUCUAAGGCGUCAGUCAUCGUUAGCACAAUGA